GUUGUAUAAAUAGUAUACCAACAAAAUGGCCAAUUGUGCAGCAUGGAUUGUGUCUGAAAAGGCGAACCCCCUCAAAGUCGACGAUGCGCCUACACAAAGACCCGAACCGGGCACGAUAGUGAUCAAAAAUCACGUCUCUGCGGUGAAUCCAAUUGACUGGAAGAUCCAAAACCACGAAUAUAGCGCCUACGUCAAAACCUACCCCUUCAUCCUGGGAACAGACGUCGCAGGAACAGUCGAGGAAGUAGGAAAGGGAGUUGCCCGUUUUCAGAAGGGUGACCGUGUAAUUUCACACGUGCCCAGCCUCCUAACAGCAAACCCCAUCCACUCAGGCUACCAGCUCUACCCACACGCCUAUUCGAGCCUAUCAGCGAAGAUCCCAGACUCAUUAUCUUUUGAACAAGCCGUCGUUCUACCAUUGGCUAUAUCGACGGCUGCAGCCGGACUUUAUUUACCGGAUUAUCUGUCUUUCUCCCUACCCACACUUACCAACAACCCCAAAUCCAAGCAAACACACGAUGCCAACAAAACGGUACUAAUCUGGGGCGGGUCUUCCUCCGUCGGCGCAACGGCGAUUCAACUAGCCGUUGCAUCGGGGCUGCGUGUUGUGACAACGGCAUCAGAAUCCAACUAUGAGUUUGUGAAGUCGCUGGGCGCGUCGCUUGUGUUUAAUUACAGUGCUGAAAGUGUUGUGGAGGAUGUUGCGAAUAAGCUAGGUCAGGGUGAAUGUGAGCUUGUGGGUGUUUACGACGCUAUCAGUAAUGAGAAGAGCAUUGCACUUAUCGCGGAGAUUUUGGAGAGGCUUGGGAAGAGGGACUUGAGGAUUGCAAGUGUGUUGCCGUAUAAGGAGGCGAGAGGAUUGGAUGCUAGAUUUGUCUUCGCACUACACUUGGCCAUGGCUCAACACGAGCAAAUUGGAAAAGCAAUCUGGGAGGACUUUGUGCCUGGUGCCCUAGUUAAUGGCCAGUUGCAGGCGAAGCCUGAUCCAGUUGUUGUUGGGAAGGGAUUGGAGAGCGUGCAGCAUGCGCUUGAUGUACAGAUGAAGGGUGUUUCUGCGAGGAAGGUUGUUAUUGAUCUUCAGUAGGGUGGUAUAUAUUUACGCCCCACUAGCAUGGUAUAUAGUAGGAUUUGAAUAAGAGAAUACUCUGUAGAACAGCAUACAAUUAAUGUAUCCACAGGCUAAAACGCCAUACCCAAACAAACCAUCAACAAAAACCAAACUUUUCCCUCUAUACAAAUAAUCUACUCAUCCCUCCUCUGCCUCUUGAACUUCAACCCCUUCCCAUUAGGCUGAGACCCAUAAUUCCUCCGUCCCUGUUGCUGCUUCUUAUCACGGCCU